AUUUUACUAAAAAAAAACCUCGAAAUUUAUGGCGUAAAAGGAGAUGCUUUGGCUCUACUAAAAUCGUACUUGAUAAAUCGCACUCAGAAAUGCCAAGUUAAUGGAACUAUUUCAUCGGAGCGGUUGAUUAAGUGUGGCGUGCCACAAGGCUCUAUUUUAGGGCCAUUAUUCUUUUUAUUAUAUAUUAAUGACUUGCCUCAGUGUCUAAGCAAAACAAAACCUCGACUGUUUGUUGAUGAUACAAACCUAACAGCUGCGGGAGAAUCUAUAAAUGAUAUUGAAGUUGCAAUGAAUUCUGAUUUAGAAAACCUUAGGAAAUGGUUAAUUGCCAAUAAACUAAGUUUAAAUGUGGCCAAAACAGAAUUUUUAUUAAUUGGAUCUAAACCAAUGAUAAAAAGUAUCUCAAAUAGACAACCAAACAUUAUCAUAGAAAACAAACCAAUUAAACAAGUAUAUGAUUGCAAAACUCUUGGAAUGACUGUUGACCAGCAUUUGUCUUGGGAGAAUAAUACUGAAACAAUUUGCAAGAAAAUAACAUCCGGGAUAUCAGCUCUUCGUCAAAUAAAAGAAUUUGUUGAGAAAGAUACACUUGUCUCUGUGUAUAAUUCUAUUGUUCGCCCAUACUUUACAUAUUGCUGUAAA